AUGCUGGACUGGGAUGAUCUUGAGGAAGCUGAGGCUGCUGCCACAGACAAGCAUGAACGGCAUGGAAGUGCGUUUCCAGGAGCGGACUGUAACGAUGUCACCGAUGUUAAGAUACCAGACGGCCACCGGCUUCGGAUCUUCCUGAUGUCCGACCUGCACAUUGACCAUAGAAAGAACAAGGAGUGGAUGUUGAGCUGCCUGGCAAGUCUGCGUCAUCAUGACCCUGUGAAUCCAAAAAGUUGCUACUUCGAUUGUCUUCUUCUCCCCGGUGAUCUUUGCACUGCUGACGAACAAUUCGAGGAUUCAUUGAAAAUGCUUACAGAAUCUUUUCAUUUGAUCUGCUUCUGCUUUGGUAACCACGAGGCGUGGGCUCACGGUGAGCGGAAGGGCUGCACUCCCGCCAAGGACUCCUUCGAGAAGCUUGCUCGGAUUCAUGAUAUCUGCCAGGCCCUGCAGGUUUUUACCAGCCCGGUCCGCAUCCUGGGAGGAGCGAAGCCACUGCUCCUGCUGCCUCUUUGGUCAUGGUAUCAUUCAAGCUGGGACCACGAACCUGACCUACCUCAGCAGCUUCAGCCGCCGGUGGAUCCUGAAAAGCGAGUGAGCGACUUUCGCUUGUGUAAGUGGGGGUCACUUGCAGAGGCACCGCAAUUUGUUUUCGGCCCUGGUGGCGAGACAUCAGAUCAUCUUGCAAAGCACUUUGCUGAGCGGAAUGAAGCCUGGAUUUCCGCUGUACUCGACUUGCAGAAGCGUGAAGGCGGAGAGAUUCUGAGCUAUUCACAUUUCUGUCCUCGGCAGGAACUCAUUCUGGAGAAGCGCUUCUCCUAUGACCAGCAUGUGCCGAAAAUCUCGGGUUCCUCAUACCUUGAGCAACAGAUUCGCCGAGUGAGUCCGCGGGUUCAUGCCUUCGGACAUACGCAUGUGGCCUGGGACACGGUCCUUGAAGGAGUGCGAUAUGUCCACUGGCCACUGGGAAAUCCAAAGGAGCAGAACGGACAGACAAGAAUGCAAAACUUGAGUGGCUUCCUGCUUUUGUUUGAUUCUCUUUGGUCGCCUGUGCAGUUUACACACUGGGCAUACUUCUAUGACUAUAUGGAACCUCGCCAGCCAGGCUCUGCAGAAUUGGCACCUUGGGUAAGUACUGGUUAUGCACAGGUUUAUCCCGAGAUGAAGGCAGAAUUGGACAGACGUGGUCUUCUCCCACAUCUAGAGGUUAGACCGGACAUGUUUUCCGCCUACUUCCCUGGUGGGUUACUCAACAACAACGGCGAGUUUUGGAAGCGUCACGCUUCUGCCAACCUGCGCUGGCGCCUCCCACCCCAAACCUUGUCACCGCAGCCCUUCCCAUGUGAGAAUCCUACUUGUAUCCUUUGUGGGUUUACACGCAAGCAAGAGGAGGGCGCGAGCCGAUGA